AUGUCGUCUCCAGCAUCGAAAUCUGUCCUCGUCACAGGGGCGACCGGAUUUGUCGCCUCACACCUCAUUCUUCAGCUUCUCUCCCGCAACUAUAAUGUUCGCGCAACAAUUCGCGACUCAUCAAAAGAAUCGGCUGUUCGCCAGGAUCUCAACGCUGCAGGAGCCAACAACAUCGCCAAACUCGCCUUCUUCGUGGCAGAUCUGACUAAAGACGAAGGCUGGGAAGCUGCUAUGGAUGGAUGCGACUAUGUUCAUCAUGUUGCGUCACCCUUUCCAAGUCAAGCGCCCAAGGAUGAAAAUGAGCUGUUGAUACCGGCGAAAGAGGGGACGCUCAGGGUUCUCCAGAUGGCGGCGCGUGCCAAUGUGAAGCGGGUGGUAUUUACCUCAUCCUUUGCAGCAAUUGGCUACGGAAAACAACACAAGGAUAGGUUUGAUGAAAGGGAUUGGUCAGACCCAGAAGGUCUUCCGGUCUACCACAAGAGCAAACUCUUUGCUGAACGUGCAGCUUGGGACUUUGUGAAUCAGCAGCAAGACUCGAGGCUCGAACUUGUCGUUCUCAACCCUGUGGGCAUUUUUGGCCCUGUGCUGGGCCAAAAAGUCUCUUCAAGCAUUGGUCUCAUCAAGACAAUGCUUGAGGGAGGAAUGGCGGCUUGUCCCCGCAUCUACUUCAACCUCGUGGACGUGCGCGAUCUGGCAGACAUAGUUGUCAUUGUUGGGCAUUGA